AUGACAGGCAGCAUGGCGAAGAGAGUCCUCAUCCCGAAGAACGGCGUCGACUACCGCGGCAAAGUGGUCCUCGCGCCCAUGGUCCGCAGCGGCGAAUGCCCUUCGCGACUGAUGGCUUUGAAGUACGGUGCUGAUCUCGUAUGGGAGACCAUCGACAAAGCACUCAUCGGUACUACUCGCCGCGUCAACACUGUCACAAACACCGUCGACUUUACCCGCCUCUCCUCCAACGGCUCCAAGAACCCAGACCUCAACCCUUCGCAGCGCGAAAGCAUCAUAUACAGACUAUAUCCAUCCCUCGAGGGUCGCCAACUAAUCCACCAAAUCGGCACUUCGGAUCCGGAACGAGCUGUCGCAGCUGCAAAACUGAUUGCGGGCGAUGUGGCCGGCAUCGACGUGAAUGCAGGAUGCCCGAAGCCCUUUAGCACACUCGGAGGCAUGGGUGCCGCACUGCUCAAAACACCAGACAAACUAGUCGCCAUCCUCGAAGCACUGGUCAAGGAAGUAGGCCAACCCUUCGAAAUCGGCAUCAGUGUGAAGAUCCGCAUGUUGGACAACCCGGAAGACACGGCGGCACUGGUGCGCAAAUUGGUCGCUACAGGAAUCACAGGCCUUACUCUGCACUGCCGCACGACACCCAUGCGACCACGCGAAAGCGCCAUUCGCGAUCAACUGCGUAUGGUCGGCGAGAUCUGCCACGAAGCAGGUGUCGCAUGCCUGAUGAACGGCGAUGUGACAAGCAGGGACGAAGCUCUCAAACUGGCAGAGGAAUACGGUGUCGACGGCGCCAUGAUAGCGACAGCCGCCGAGACAAAUCCAUCAUGCUUCCGCGCUGAAAAAGAUGGUGGCAUGGCACCCUGGCACCAGGUAGUCAAGGAAUAUGUCAAAAUCGCCAUGGACGUCGAAAACAGAUGGGGCAACACAAAAUAUCUGCUAGGCCAAAUGAUACCCGGCAAAGCAAAGGAAUACCGUCCCAUGAACCAAGCAAAGAGUUACACCGAUCUAGUCGAGAUCAUGGGCUAUGGGGAAGAAUUCGCGACCCGAGCUCGUGAAGUGGAUGAGAAACUGGAAAUCAGCUUCGGUAGAAAAGAAACAAGGUCGGAGAGAAAGCAGAGAGGAAACCAGGCAAAGAAGGAGAAAAAGGCAGAAGCAAAGGGGGCAGAGGAGUCGCAGUCGUUGAAGCGCAAAGCAGACGAUGCCGAACUCAGUACGCCGCCAGUUGCUAAACGUCAAGCAGACGAUGCUGAGCCUAGCAUGCCUCUAGACAUCUCACGAUCUGAAGCCCCUGGAUCAGUGACUACUGAGCAGGUCCUCGCAGUAUAG